AUGCCAGGGCAGCCUGAGGUGCAUCGGUGGUCACUGAGAUCGCCGCCCAGGCGUCUGUUUGCCCGUCACAAUUCGGUCUUGAGACCAAGGCAUGGAUCGGGGCAGAGGCUGUCCAUCAAGCAUUUUUGCCAGGGCACUGGUGAUGCCAGCAGUUUGUACGCCAUUGCGUCCUUGGAAUGCGAGGCGCUGUGUGGCUUGGUCAGAAUUGGCAAUGUCCACGAGGCCGGCGCCAAGUCUCCCAAACUCAGCUAG